CUCGCAAGCUAUCGAUGGCUCUGGUAGGAUUUUCAAAGUUGUGACAUAACCUUCUUUGAGAGUCGAGUGUGACCGGAGCAAUAAUGCAUGGUCGAGUGAAAGUCCGCACUACUGCAGAGCAGGAGGAAUUGAAGAAAAUAGAAAGGGCCAAGAAGGUUGUUCAGUACAGAGCUGGGAUUGACUUGAUAUUUAAAAAGAGAAAAGAAGGGAUAUGGGAUGAUGAAAUAUUCCUUAUGAGUGAGCAAAUGGUUCUGAAAAAUCCUGACAUCUAUACUCUGUGGAAUGUACGCAGAGAAGCUUUUGGUGGAAUAAAAUGGAGUCAAGAAGAUUACGUAGAACAAUUGAAGAAGGAAUUAAUAUUAACUGAGCACUGCUUACGGGCUAAUCCAAAGUCUUAUAGCGUAUGGCAUCAGAGAUGUUGGGUGAACGAUCAUUUACCCGAACCAGACUGGGCAACGGAACUAUCACUGUGUGCGAAGUGCUUGAAUUUGGAUGAGAGAAAUUUUCACUGCUGGGACUACAGGCAGUACGUUGUAAAAAAGGCUGGCAUACCAGAGGAUGAGGAGUUCAAGUUUUCGACAACGAAAAUAGAAACUAAUUUCUCCAAUUACUCGUCGUGGCACUAUCGUAGUCUAAUAUUGCCAAAAAUGUUUCCGGAUGAAAACGGAGAGCUACCUAUUAGGGAGGAUAAACACAUUGAAGAACUUGAUCUUGUAAUGAACGCCACCUUCACUGAUCCAAAUGAUACCAGUGCCUGGUUUUAUCAGAGAUGGCUUCUGAAUACCAGGUCAACAUCAACUAAAACUGUAUGGGGAAUAAGAAUGAAUGAAGCCAGAAUAGUCAUUGCUUUUAAUAAGGAAGUGUCAUUGAACAAGAGUAACACACAACUCAAAGUAGACGAAAAUUUGAUCGACACAGAGUUCAGAUCUUGUAAUGCUAAAAACUACACUUCUGUGUGGAUUGCAACUUUCCCUGAAAAUGGGGUAAACUUGAAGAGGAAUAGUGUCGUUGAGGUGUUGCACGAUGGAGCUGAUUACCAGCUUAACUGGUCCUUGAAUGAUCAGGCUUGGGCUUAUAAAAGUGAAUUGCCAUGCAAUCAGGAGCACAACGUCAAACACUUGAGUACACAGUUAGAGAAUUACAAACAACUUGCAGAAAUAGAACCAGAUAAUAAAUGGGCACUGCUGACAGGUAUAAUUCUCAUGAAGAACAUUGAUGCUGUUAAAUAUCAUGCCACUAUUUUGAACGACUUGGAUACCUUAAUUCGGAUUGAUAAAAAGCGAUCUCAAUACUACAAAGAUUUGCGAAGCAAAUACGUAAUAGAAUUUAUGAUACGUCAUAUUUUCGCGGACAAAGGGAUCGAAUGUGAAAUUUCUCAGAUCGUUCUACCGUGUAUGAAUCUUACGACACUUUGGAUGGAGCGGUACAUGAGCUUUAUGGAGCAAAUAAAUCUAGCUGGUAAUCAAUUGGGUGAUUCGCUACAGAAACUUUGCGCUUUGCAGUCAUGUGUGAAGCUGUCUUUGUCAAGUAACGGUAUAAAAUCACUGCAGCGAUUCCCAACGUUGGAAUCCCUCAGGUUUUUGUCAUUGCGGGAUAAUAAGUUGUCUAGUCUAGAUGAGAUACUGGAUUUAGUCAAACGAAAUAACUUGACUGAGCUCGAUAUACGUGACAAUCCUGUUUCUAAUGCAACUGACAUUCUCACACAGUUGACCAUGAUUUCACCUGAACUCAAAGUGUUUUUAACUAGUCAACCAGGCUUAAACAUUGAUUCUUCAUCAUGAGUUUGAUUCUUCUGAUACAUUUUGUAAAUACUGAGUCUAAUGAACUAUGAAGACGUAGAAGCAACAAACGAAAUUUUGCAUAUGCAAUGAAAUUUUGUAUUUGAUAUUAAUCGUGUUUGCAAAUUCUUCAAUCAUGCUUGUUGCUACGUAUUUGAUUCUGUUGUACGCACAGACAUUCGUCCCGUACAGUGCUGUAAAUACUGUAUGAAUGAUGGAUGGUAUAAUUAGGUAUGUGUUCGGAAGCACACAACACCAGUUUUGAAUAAAUAUUCACAUUCCUA